CGGUCAGUAUGACUCAGAUUCAAGUGUUGAUAUAAUAUGGCGCAGAGUUGUUUUUCUGUGAGGUGCUGGUGUACGCAGAUGUAAAUACUCCUACAUUAUAAUUAUUUUAUUCAAAUGUAGGGAAUUUAAUUAGCAGACACCACUCAACCAUGUCAGCAGGCCAGGUCAUCAAGUGCAAGGCAGCUGUUGCAUGGGAACCUGGCAAGCCUCUGGUCAUUGAAGAUGUGGAGGUGGCACCACCUAAAGUCCAUGAAGUCCGAAUCAAGAUUGUUGCCACAGGAGUGUGCCACACAGACUGGGAAUGUCUGUACGGGACUGGAAAAGGAAUGAAGUUUAGACCAUUCCCGCUAGUUCUCGGCCAUGAAGCAGCAGGAGUAGUAGAGAGUGUAGGUCCAGAAGUUACCAAAUUCUCACCAGGGGAUAAAGUUAUUCCUCUUUUUCUGCCUCAGUGUGGGGAAUGUGACCGAUGUCAGAGUCCAAAAACAAAUCUGUGCAAGAAGAACUGGGCGAACACACAAGUGGGUGUUUUGGCUGAUGGUACAAGCAGGAUAUCUUGUAAGGGGCAGCAGGUGUACCAGUUCCUUGGUGUCAGCUCUUUCUCCCAGUACACCGUGGUGCCCGACACGUCACUUGCAAAGAUAAAAAGUGACGCGCCACUGGACAAAGUCUGCCUGCUAGGUUGUGGUGUCUCCACUGGUUAUGGUGCUGCUAUUAAAACAGCCAAGGUUGAAAAAGAUUCCUCGUGUGCCGUGUUUGGGCUCGGAGCAGUUGGACUGGCUGCAGUUAUGGGCUGUCAGGCUGCCGGGGCAAAAACGAUCAUCGGGGUCGACAUCAACCCUAACAAGUUUGCGAAAGCCAGAGUGUUUGGAACCACUGAAUGCAUCAACCCCAGAGACCAUCCAAACAAAACCAUCCAGGAGGUUCUGGUGGAGAAGACAUGUGGAGGGGUGGACUACGCUCUGGAGUGUGUUGGAAGUCCAGUUAUCAUGACUGCUGCACUUGAGUCAACAACAGAUGCCUGGGGCACCUGUGUGAUUGCUGGGUGGUCAGAGACAGAAGCAAUGAACGUGGUGGUUGAAAAGAUCCUGAUGGGACGCACCCUGAAGGGGACUUAUUUUGGAGGUUGGAAGAGUGUGCAGGAUGUGCCCAAAUUGGUGGAUGACUACAUGAAAAACAAGUUGAAGCUGGACGAGUUUAUCACCCACAAACUCAAACUUGAUCAAGUCAAUGAGGCCUUUGACCUUCUUAAAAGUGGGGAAAGCAUCCGUACUGUGAUCAGUCUAUUCUGAUUCUCAAGAGGACACUAAACCUAAUGAAGGUACCUUGAAAGAAGAAGGAUUUGCAUUCAUCUCACUAUAAUAUUUUAUAUACAGCUCUGCAGUGUAUUUGUGAAAUUUCUAUGCUCCUUUUCUUAAAAGAUAUUGAUAAUAUUUUUCCAUGCUUGACUUUGUGGCAAAUUGCCAUUUAUGCCACUAGAUGGCAGUCUUAUGUCAUGUAAAAGCCUCUGUGUUUGUGUCUAUGAAUACCAUCUAACUUUAUAAAGACAUGCUAUUUUA